GAAAAAUAUAAACUUCAUAAAAAAUCUGUAACACCACAAUUAAAAUUAUGGCUCCAGUAUUUAGUAAAGUUGCCGCCCGUAAUUCUGCUGUGAUCGCUGCUUCAGUUGGCUUAGUAUACUGGAUUUCUACUGUACGAUUAAGAAGAGGAAGGAAAAGAGCAGAACUAGUGGAUGAGGUUGCUUGUGCAUAUGCUCAGAAAGAAGACAAAAAAGUUAGAGUGCAGGUUGACAUGAACUUUUUCAGGCAGUUGAAAGCAAUAUUGCAGAUAAUUUUGCCUAGUGUGUUUACAAAAGAGUUUGCUUAUGUUGUUAUGAUUGCUGGCACACUAGUUGGCAGGACAUUGUGCGACAUUUGGAUGAUACAUAAUGGUACUGUCAUAGAAAGGGCAAUCAUCACUCAAGAUAUAGCUCUUUUUAGGAAAAGUUUGGAAGCUUUCAUAUUUGCUAUGCCAAUGCUUUCUCUGGUGAAUAAUGCAAUGAAAUUUGGUUUGAAUGAGUUAAGGUUGCAUUUUCGCUCUCGAUUGACUAAGCAUCUUUAUGAUCGUUAUCUUAGUGGAAUAAUAUAUUAUAAGAUGAGCAACAUUGAUAAUCGAAUAUCUAAUCCUGAUCAGCUACUUACUCAAGAUGUUGACAAAUUUUGUGCUUCCGUUACAGACUUGUAUUCAAAUAUCAGUAAACCCACAUUAGACAUCAUUAUAUUUGUGCAAAGACUAUCCUCUUCUAUUGGUGCUGAGGGACCAUCAUUAAUGAUGACUUAUUUAUUAUUUGCUGGACUUCUUCUCACCAGAUUGAGACGUCCGAUAGGAAAGAUGACAAUGACUGAGCAGAAGUUAGAAGGGGAAUUACGAUAUGUUAACUCAAGAUUAAUUACCAAUAGUGAAGAAAUUGCUUUUUACAAGGGUCAUGGCAGAGAGAAAGUCACCAUGCUGCAUGCUUUUCAAAGAUUGGUAAACCAUAUCAGAAUGUCUCAGCAUUUCAAUUUUGCGAUGGGUUAUAUUGACAAUAUUAUUGCCAGAUAUUGGGCCACUGUUGUUGGUUACCUUCUAAUCAGUCGUCCAUUUAUUGGGACUCAAAAGAAUUCAUUGUCACAUAGUGAAAGAUUAGAGUCUUAUUACAAAAGUGGUCGCAUGUUGGUCAAGUUGGCUGAAGCAAUAGGCAGAUUAGUUUUAGCUGGAAGAGAAUUGACAAAAUUGGCUGGCUUCACAGCACGAAUUACUCAACUUAUAAAAGUUCUUAAGGAUCUAAGUGAAGGAUCAUACGUGCGCACUAUGGUUGGGGAAGGAUCUAAAAGCUCUUUAUCAGGUGAUGAUAGUUCUAAGAAAAUGCUUCUUAUUCCUGGAUCUGGCACAAUCAUAAAUGUAGAUAAUUUAAUAAAAUUUGAUCGAGUACCUUUAGUUACUCCUAAUGGAGAUAUUUUAAUCGAAGAACUGUCAUUUGAAGUCAAGUCUGGUAUGAAUGUUCUUGUGUAUGGUCCCAACGGUUGUGGGAAAAGCUCCUUAUUCCGAGCUCUUGGUGAACUGUGGCCGUUAUUUGGUGGGACACUGAAGAAACCUGAAAAGAAGAAGCUUUUUUAUAUUCCUCAGAGACCCUAUAUGACUCUCGGAACAUUUAGGGAUCAAAUUAUCUACCCAGAUAGUCUUGAAGAUAUGAAAAGAAAAGGGAAGACAGAUUAUGAUUUGGAGUUCUUUUUAGAAAUGGUACAGUUAACGUAUUUAUUGGAGAGGGAAGGAGAUUGGAAUUCAAUUAGGGACUGGAUGGACUUGCUUAGUGGAGGAGAAAAGCAAAGAGUUGCUAUGGCAAGGCUUUUUUACCAUCGCCCACAAUUCGCUAUCUUAGAUGAAUGCACAAGUGCUGUUAGUGUUGAUGUUGAAGGAUCUAUGUAUCAGUACUGUAGAGAGAUGGGAAUAACAUUAUUUACAGUUUCACACAGAAAAUCCUUGUGGAAACACCAUGAGUACACUUUAUACAUGGAUGGGCGUGGUAACUAUGAGUUCAAGCCAAUUGAAGAAUCUGAAGUUUAUGGUUCAUGAGCGUCAGUGGCAACAAUUUAAAAAGCCUUCUGCUCUUCUUCUCCCAAGGUUGUGGCCUUAAACUGCAAAAAAACUAGACUCCACAGACAGAAUACUCAUGUGAUAUAUUUAUACAACUACUUAGUUUAAUAUUAAGCAAAAGAAUACUCAGGCAGGAUAAAUAAUUAUUUAUUUAUCACUCUGAUAGCUGAUUAUGUUAAAGAUGUCAUUGGAUACCUCUGAUCCCUCCUACAAUCAUCUCUCACUUGCAACUUACAACAAGCGAUGACCAAAAAAAGAUGCACAAGUGAGAUAUCACAGAGUUGUAUACAGCGUGAAUCUAAGCUCUUGGACAAAACUUGAACUUGUGUUAGAGGGUAGGAUAAGAAGCCAGAGUCACAUAUCAGAAUGUAUGGUCACAAAUGCAAUGCUGGUGUGCUACAUGCACACAAAGCCAGAAGCUUAUGGAUGAAAACAGGUCACAAAGUACUGACAGAAAGAUGAUUUUAUACAAAAUGUUAGUUUUUAAGAAAGGUUUAAAGCAGCUGAAAUUUUCAGCCCGCAGCUGUAAUACAUGGGUCGCAAUGACAAAGAACUCGUUGUUGCUAUAACAAGCCAUUUUAACAAACUUUUAUCAAUCAUAGCACUUUUGUUAGGAGUUGCGAGGUGUGUAUUAGAGCUAUUACAGGCCGUAACUUUUAACAACAAUUCUAAAUAUGUCUCAAAAACUAAAAUGUGGUGUAAAAUCGUCUUUGUGUAGUAAAUUUUUGACCUGUUCGCAUUCAUCAGUUUGCGGUUUUACGUGCAUGUAACACGUCAGCAUUGCAUUUAGAACCAUGUGUUCCACAUAAUCCCACAUGAUCUUAUCAUGACCUCUAAAACCCCUUACAGUUUUGCCCAAGAGUUUAGACUCACCCUGUAUAUGAAAUUCAGAACCUAAUGUUAUAUAAGCUUAUUGGUAAUUAAAUAACAAAAAAAAAAAUGUUGAUAAAAUUGAGACCAGUUUUCUUUCAAAAAAUUAACUUGCUAUUAAGAAAAAAGGUUAACAAAAAUGAAGCAAAACGAAACAAAAUGUACAUAAAUGAUAUUUUUUACUUUUUUAAACUUUCAUGAGUCAAGAUUGUUUUUCCCCCUCAUUUUUAAAUGAUUUUUUCUUCUCAUUUAAAUAAUAUUUUUGGGGAAUAAAGACACUAGAUCAGCAUUUUGCGUAAGAUUAUCUUUGAAAAACAAAGAGGACAGGAGAAAAAAAUGUACAAUUAAAAUUUUACUGAUGCAUGACUAACAGAUACUUUCAAGCGCUAAGUUACAUCUGAAAAUUUAUUUACUGGGUCUGAUUGCUGAAAAUUCUCAGAAUUUGAGCUUUCUCUCAUAACUUUUAGGGUGCCUAAUGUCUGAAAAUGAUUGAAAAUUACACUUUUUGCUUUUAAAUGCAUUUUUAAAGAAAAGGUAGACAUAGAAAUGGAUGAAUAGAAAACCUUUAAAUAAAAAGUGAGGACAAAUGGCGACAAAUUUCAUAAAAUGCAAAUUAUUUUGAACAGUGGGAAUAUAUCAAACUUCGUCAUGCUGUACUUUUUUUACAUUGCCUACAUUAUGUGAAGUGAUAGAUAUGACUCAACUUACCCAAGAAUUGCAAUGCAACGAAUUGGGACAACUAGUGCCUCAAAUUACAGAAAUCUUGGUUAGUAGAAACUUUAUAAAAUGUCAGAAAUGUAAAUUUUUAAAAUGUAAUUGAAAGCAAAAUAGAAAAAUUUUAAAAGAUGAAAAUAAACACAAAAAAGUAAUGUUUUACAGUUAAAAAUCUAAAAUAGGAUAAUAACUUGUAGUAAGUUUUAGAAAGUCAAUUGAUUUUUUUUUUUUUUUUUUAAUUUUUUUUUACAACGUCAAGUUAAAUAUUGAGAAAUGCGUUAAAAAAACUCAAAUUUCAAGAAAAUAAUUUUACUUUCAAACUGAAAAUGUAUCAUUAUAUUACAUUUACAUUAUUUAAAAAAAGAAGAAAUAAAACAUUUGAAAAACAGAGAAAUAAAACACCUUGUCUUUCUUAGGGCUUACCUAUUUACAAAAAAAAAAGACUUCAUUAUCAGGUCGGUUAAUAGAAAUUUCGGUUAAUCAUAUGUAUUAAUUUUAUUUACAAAUGUCUCUUAAUGACAGGCAAUUGGAUAAAAAGUGACUAUUUUCGAAGGUUUUUUUUUUUUUUUUUUUCUUUUAAAUAAUUAUUAAUGAAAUUGAAAAGUUAACAAUGCCAGUUUUAGGUACUGCCUAAUACCGAGGAUUAACAUUGGUAAUACAUGGCAUUAGCAUUCUUUUGUGAGGAAAUUCACCACUGCUACUUCAAUGAUAUUUAAAGUUUUUUUUUUUUUUUUAAUGCACAGAAAAUACACAAAAAUCAGACAGUCAAGUGGUUUUUUUAAACUUUACAUAUAUUCAUUACAUCGAUAACUGAGAGUUCAGUGUAAAAAUAUUAACAGAUUUUAAGUGCUGUAAUCAUGUUUUAAUUCCAAACGCUUUCCUAUAAAUUACGUUACCAAUUCCUCAUCUGUAAAAUGGCAUUCAUUACAGAAACAAAAUCCUGUAAAAUAUUGAACAAUAUAUUUUUCACUUGUCUUUUAACCUUAUUAAUUUCUUCACUUUUUUCCUUUAAAUGGCACUCUAUUUUAGAGACAUUAGUGACUUACUAUGUUCUCUAUUCAAAGAAAUUACUACUAUGGUUAUUUUAAAACAACCAUGAAAUGAGUGAAAUGGUUUUGUUAAUUAUUUUUACUGCUCAAAUAGAUAUUGAAUUUUUAUGUAGAUGGAAUUUCAAUUGAACUGUGAUGAUUAAUUAUGUUUGUUAUGAUUUUAGUAACAACCUGGUGAUUAUUGUAUUGAGAUUGUUUUGUUAUGCAUUUUGAAUAUGUUUAUUAUUGCUCACAGAUGGGAAGAUCAAGUUUUUGAAAGUUACUUUUAAAUGUAUAUUCUAAAUGAUUAA